AUGGCUGAAACUCAAAGAGAUUUACAGGGCUGGCAAGUCGUUACCACUGAUGAACAUGGUAACGUCGUACAUGAUAACAGAAGAAGAUCGAGGAAACGUGGUGUUGAAAACGUUUAUUUACAAAGAGAAUCUGAUGCGGUAAGCUUUGGUCGUGGUGAUGUUGUUAUUAUGGAUGAUGCCACAACAGGUACAUAUUCUGUCUAUUUAGUCCAUGAAUUAAGAUUGAAUACUUUGAAUAAUGUCGUGGAAUUAUGGGCCUUUUCGUUUCUACGAUGGUUUGAAUUGAAACCUUUGCUAUGGUAUAAACAAUUUGAUAAAGAAUUGGUUGAACAGAACAAACCAAUGGAAUUUUAUAAGCAAAAGUUUUUGAAAGAAGUUGAUAAGGAUGAAUUGUAUUUGACAGCUGAACUCUCGGAAAUAUGGUUAAAAGAUUUUAUAGGUGUAGGAAAUAUUGUCACUCAAAAUGAAAAGUUUGAUCCUAAAUUCAAAAUGAAGCAUGAUGUGGAUUUCUUCGUUAGAUACAUUUGUGAACCUACAGCUGAUCAUUUCGCAAAGAUUGAUAUCUUUAAAGAGAUUAAAAGAAUAAAAGAAAUGGAGCCAAAACAAUCGGAAGAACAUUUGAAAAGAAUAUCAGUCCCAAAAACAAGUCGCGGAGCCACAGUAGUUGGAAGUUCUAGAUCUAAAGCCAGCUCACUUCAAAUGUCUGCUCCAUCCUCUACAACUAAUAAGAAAGUACCAAUGAAGGAAUCAAGAGUGAGUCCAGAUAUAACUAAAGAAGAGAAAGAUGAAAAGAAAGCUGUAACUAAAAAGGAAAAACCAAAUAGAUCUGAACAAAUUGUAAAAGGAAUGCUUCAGCCCAAAGCUAUUGCGCCAGAGAAAAAGAGAUUAGAGGAUCCUUCUAGUCAACCGCCUCCACUACAGGAUGAACACUUAAGCCGGCCUUCGUCGAGGGAGGUUACUUCUUUAUUUUAUCAUGAUUCUGAUGAGGAGGAAAAUUCUCAGCCAAUUCCAAAGUUAUCUAAAGGGACUAAACCACAAGUACUUGAUAUCGGUAUGGAUGAAAAUGAUUCUAGUGAUUACGCUAGUGCUGAAGAUAAAACUCCAGCUGAACUUGCUGACGAAAAAAGCGAGGAUAAAGAAGAAGAAGAGGAAACUCAAGAGGAGAAGGAACAAGACGAAGAAUACAGCGAAAACGAAGUUGAAACAGAUGAAAGUCAAGGAAAUGGGGUUACUGGACAUGAAUUUGACCUUGAAACCAUCGAAGGAGAAAAAGAAGAAGAUCAUGAUGAUAGUGAGGAAAACAUUUCUGUUCCCAAAAGAGGCAAUCGUAAUAUUGCUGUCGAUGAUGAAGCUGAUGUCUAUUCAGCUGGUACAAAACGUAAAUUAACGGUUGAAACCACGGAUGAUGAAAAGAGAAAAUCUGCCAAAAAAUCAUCUGAUCAAUCCCCAUCAAUAAUAUCUGAUCAGAAACCGUUGUCUCGAACAGAACAAGCAAAGAGAAAUAUCAACGCAGUAAAAGAAAAAUAUGAUAAAAUACUACAAAAAUUAGACGCCAAAACCACUACCUCAAUAGAUGCUUCAGAUUUUUCGACAAAUUCAGGUUUAGAUGUCGCCGGUUUAGAAAACAGAUUAAGAUCCUCGUCAAGAGAAGACUCUGAAGAAACUUUAUUUUCCAAAAUUCCAAAAGAAGCACUUGAAUCGAUUGAUGCAAUGCAACAGGCGAUUGUGAAUAUUUUUGAUGAAAAUGCUGUCUCGUCACUUACUGUGGCAAAACAACAAUAUGCUUCCAUUUAUGCAAAUCUUUUCCAUUAUAUUGAAUCAGGAGAAUCGAAGGCCUUAUACAUAGUUGGGAACCCUGGUGUAGGUAGAAGGCAGACAGUGGAUGCAGUCAUUACAGAACUUGGGAUCUCCAGUGAACAAACAGAAUUACCGAUUUUCAAAACAGUUAAUUUAAGUGGAUUGACAAUAGGAGAUUCAGAAUUAUUUUACCAAAAAUUAUGGGAACAAAUAUCGGGCGAAGAAUUAAUUCCUGGAGCAGCUUUGGAAGCUUUAGAAUAUUAUUUCCAACAUGUUCCUAAGAAUAAAAAACGUCCAAUCAUAAUAACAUUAGAUGAUUUAGAUAAUUUGAUUAUUAAGGGCAAAAAUGUUCUGUAUAAUUUUUUCAAUUGGACUACUUAUAUUAAUGCAAAAGUCUGUGUUAUAGCAAUCAGCUCUUCCAUAGAUUUACCAGAGAGAUUGUUGGGUAAGCAAGUCUGUUCAAGAAUUGAUCUGACUAAGAUUCCGUUCAUGAAAUAUAAUAGACAAGAAGUGGAAAAAAUUAUAGCAUUCAAAUUAAAAGGUAUUAAUAAGUCAUGUUUCUUUAUAAACACUGAAACAGGACAAAUAAAAUUUAUCGAUAAAAUAUCUGGAGAAGAUGGUAAUGUUGACGAAGAUAAAAGUAAACUAUUAAAAGUUCGUUUGAAAAUUAGUAACAGAACUAUUGAAUCUGGUGCGGAAAAUAUUGCUGCUGUUUGUACUGAUACGAGGAGUGCUUUGGAAUAUUGUUCAAAAGCUGUUGAAUUUGCUCAAUUGGAUUAUCUUAAGAAAAAAGGUUUUAUUCGAGAUGAACAGGAUGACAUGACAAAUAACAUAAAAGAGGCAAUUGAACAUGACCUAAGUGGUAAACAAAUUAAAAAAGUUCAUAUGCAUCAUAUUUUACAGGCACUCAAUACCAUGGUUGCUACUUCACUCCUCGAAACUAUUAAUAAUACAUCUUUACUUGGAAAGGUAUUUCUUUGUGGUCUUUAUUAUUACAUAAAAAAGAAUGGACCGAUGCGAGUAUUUUCAAAGAACGUGCUUGAAGAAACGCUCCUAUUAAUGGAACAUAAUAAGGAUAACGUUUUCAUAGCGAAAUUUAUCGACUGUUUAUUCCCCAAGAACAUCAAGCCAACGCUAGAGAUAUUGCAAGCAAUACAUUGGUUUAGGGUACUUCAAGAUCUAAUUGACGGAGGUGUUAUGUCAAUGAAUCUUAAAAGUAAAAUCAGGCAUAUUGAAAUACAUAUGCCACUUCAAGAUUUGAAAAGGUCAUUGGAAGGAUACUUUGGAAUUUUGCACGAGUUUUAA